GGUCUGCCCAAAAAAACCCACCGUUUCUCUGGCACUGGGGCUUCCCCGAGGGGCGGCCGAGAGGGCACCAAGAGAGAUGCUCGCCUGUAGCUUCUGUCGGUCCCCGCUGCGGGCGCUCGCUGUGGGGCCAGCAAAGUCCUUGUAAGGGGACGGCAGCACCCUCCGUACCCUGGGAAAGCAAACGGAUUUGGACACAUGCCAGGGCUCCCUCCCGAGCCGUGCCCACAUCCGGAUGGCAGCAAGCAGUAUGCCACCAAAGCUGGGGGUGCCGAAAGCCCCCCAAAUCCCUCCAGCAGCACUGAAGCGUUGCCCCUAAAUUAAAGGGAUUUAAAGAAAAGGGGAAAAGCUCCAGAGCACUGAAAGGCUCCUUCCCUCCUGCCGACUCUCAUGCCACCUCCCCACUUCCUGACGCGGCAAAGCCUUGAGCUAUGUCAGGAGCCUGCGCUGGAGCCACCCCAGCCCUUGGUGCCGCGGGACCUUUGGGCUUCGGCUUCCCUUUGGGCAUCGGUGACGAAGAGCAGCCGCCCGCCCUGGCAGCGCAGCAGCCUUCUCCUGCCCGCAGAAAAGCAAAGCCGGGGCCACGGUGCCGGCACCGAAGCCCAGCGGUGCUGCCCAUCCCACCGCCACGGCCUGGGAGAAGGGAAGGAAAAAAACCCAGAACAAACCACAACCAAAACCCAACAUCUGAGUCACCCAGCUCUUGGAAAAAUGAAGCUGAAAAAUGGCAUUUUUAAGCCUCAAAAGUGCAAAGAGCCGCCCGGGCCAUCAGUCAGGGCAACGCCUGGAUUAGCCGGAGGGAUGUGGCCAGUGAUGAGACCCGCAGGGAGUGAUCCCAUCAGCUGGGUCUGCAAGCAGCGGGAGGGGACCACGGUGCUGGGCUGCUCUGGGAGCUGUCACAGGCAUUUGGGCCCAAUCCUGCACCACUGCCCAGGGCAGUGCGGGAGAACUUGUCCUGGCGGGGGACAGCAACCCGGGGUGCAGUGGUGCGGCCGGACCCGCUCCAUGAGCCGCUGGAAGCAGCCGCAGGGGGACGGAGACAGACACUAUAAAAGCAGCAGCAGCAGCCAGGGCAUGCUGAAGGUGAGGAAGGAGUUUAAAAUGGGGAAGAAACUGGAAAGAGAGGCAUGA